AUGCGGCGUCUUGACAUUUUUGAUAUCGUAAUCGAGCGUUAUAUUCUACGAUGGUUUUCAAAAUUAACUGAUGAUGAGAAGUUCACUGCAGACAUUAAAGCCCAACUUCAACAUAUUUGCAGUGUUCUCCUUCUACGAAUUAGAACCGUUGAUAUCUCUAACCUCAUUGAACAAAAACUCCUUCCCUGCGUUGUUCAUCACGUUGAACACCUACUUGCUCUUACAAAUGCUUUUUUCGAACCCACCGAUGAAGACGAUAUUAAAACCACACCACCUGCAGACGAGGUUGUUCUUCAAAGGCUCUACUCUGCAGGUCAUCUUCACCAGGCCCUACAAUCUCGACAAGCGGAGUCUUUGUACCUCCAAGAAAUCUGCCGAAAACUCCUUCCUCAUCUUUUAAUUCCACCCACCUUGAAGCACAGUAAUAGGCCGACCUCUAAACCACAAUUUCGAGUAAAUGGAUCUACGCAACGGACAAAUAUUAUUGAUCAAGCUUUCUCAUCUUCUCAAUUCUUUCAUCAGCUCCCAAAAUCUACCGAACCUACUGUUGCAUCCAUGCAUCCAAACUUGAUGAAGCGAGAUUCCUUAAAUACCGUAUUUCUCUAUCUCUUGGAUCCCAUUACUGACAAUGCCGAUUAUCCCAAAAAUUCUCCAAUGGUUCCCUUGUUGAAUAACUAUAUAGAUGACUGGUUUAAAAGUGCCAAAAAACUGCCUUCAAGUAUGCGAAUGGAAGCCCUGCUACAUCAGCCGAAGCAACUUGGCAACUUUGUGCAAUAUAUGAAAUCAAUAAACUCCUCCUCAACCAUGACGGUUCUUCUACUAAUGUUCGAAGUAGUGAAUAAAAUCGAGACAGAGUGCAUAUCCGCAUCACUCUGUGAGCGACUCAAGAUACCUCUCCAUCAACUCCUUCACCUCUUGUACAGUGGACGUGUAAUGGCUGCUGAAGACUUGGAUCUUCACAAUUCAUUCGGCAAACACAACCAUAGUCACGAUUCAUCCCACACCGGUGGUUCCAAUGUCUGCUCAGACUGUGGACUGGCUGUAUCUCCAUCCGGAUAUUCUCAACUAAAUGAACUCCUAAAUUUGCCGCCAAGUCUUACGACUGUGAUUGCUGAAGCUGUGAAUAAUAAGAUGGAUCCCCUGUGUAUUGCAAGGGUGGUUCAUACACCAGAAUGGACCAGUGCUUUCAGAACCAUGUGCUCAACGAUGGAGACUUUUUACCUCCCUGCUUACAUGGAGAGCCCUGAAUACCUAGGUCGACUUGGUGUUUCGUCACCGAAUGCCACGCCCAAACAUCAAUUUUUCCUUCCAAAUGAAGAAAACCCCUAUUUUGGCACAAAUGGUAUACCCAAUAUCAAAGAUCCGGUUCACAAUAAGUCUUCAAAAAAUUUCUACAAGUCUUCCAAGCACAGCUCCUCUCAUAAAGAUUUGGUCGAAUUUGAACGUUCACGUGGAGGUCUAUUUCGCAGCUCAAAAGACGACUUGUCCACCACAGGGCGACGUCCUCGUCGUCUUCUAUUUCAACGUCGUCAAAUCAACCCAAUCGCCCCACCCUCAGCUCUCAACUCAUCUCCAAAUGACGACCAAUCUCCUGAAGAACAUGACAGUGUGGAAACCUCCGAGAUACAUGAACUGGAUUUCUCAAAGUGGGAAGUUUUCAUUCCUUUCUAUGCAUCUGCAUCGGAAAAAAAUCUUACUAGAAUUCCUGGAAGUCAUUUAAAUGGUGCUACUUCAACCACCAACGCUUCGAACAUGCUUUUAACGAUGAAUUUGGAGCAGCCUGAUUUCUCACUGUUCUCACUGUUUAAUAAUUCGAUAUGUGGGAACUAUACAGUGAUUUCGGAUAGAGAGGUGAACGGAAAGAAAGUUUCUAGCAAAGUUACUCGGAAAUACGCCGAAUUCUACGUUCUAGAACAGCGUCUAGUUGAAUUCCAUGGAUCCCAAAUAUCACGACGUCUACCUGCACGACGAUAUGGGGCCCAAUCUCAUCAAUUCCUUGUGAACAUGAGAACCUACUUCGAACGAUAUAUCAGGUAUCUUCUAACUCAGCGCUUUCUUCGAUCAAGCGAAUUGAUGUACACCUUCCUUACCGCACCCGAAGUGGAAUUCACUAGUAGCACUCUUCUAGAUCUUCGCUUCGGCAAGUUCGUCAAGUCUGUUCCAAUUCUUCUGGCUAAAGAGAAAGGUCAAUUCACCGAUGAAUUCUUAACCACCUUCCGUACAUCCUGCUUUGUCCCACCUCAAAACUCAAAUUUGAAGGCACCGGUUGUCGGAAUAAAUCAGAAUGUAGACGGCUACCAGACCAAAUCUUCCAUACUUGAUCACCGACUGCGUUCUAAUAUCUACUGGAACAAUGCUGGAAUCCCCAACUUUCAGAAGCGUCGAUACUCUUCCGAGUUCUGUGCAAUGGAGGGUUCAUAUGUGACGAGUUUUUACGAUCUCUUUGGCUAUCUGGUGGAUAAUUUCCGAAAACCCGAUUCGAAUGUUAAGGUGAUAUCAGAGGAUGACAAGCCACCUCUGACUCGACGACAUAGAGUGGAUUCUACAGCUGGAAAGUUUUCGGUGUUACAGGAUUUUCUCUCGUGGGUGCAACGAAUCGGAACGUCUUGUUGGUACGAAAUCAUUUAUGCCCUGGGGAGGAACGGUUGGCCUUUCGAAGACCUAGACCUUCCGAGACCGAAUCGAUUGAGUAUAUCAUCAGUAGGUGCACACCCAAAGUACCUUCCCGGUCUCCUACGUCGAGCUAUACUCAAUGUUGGCCUGGCACUUCGAGCCACUCAGUUUCGUGACUUUGUGGAUCUUCAUAUGCGACGCCAAGUGGACAGAUUUCUGAGUCUCCUGGUUCGAAAUGAUGUUCUGGCAUCGAUGCUGAUUCUCCUUCGAAAUUCAAUAUUCUUCCCCUCACCUCCUAGGAGCGAGCGAGAAAAGGCUGCCCGUCGGGAGAAAGUGUACAUAGGAUUAAUACGUCUUAUAAAUAGUUGUCACCUCCAAUGGUUCUCAGAGGGUGAUGCCCUGCAACGUCGACUCGCUCGAGUUUUCGAAGUAUUCCAACACGGGAAGUGGAACAAGCAGUUGACAUACACCCUUCUGGAUCAUAUCCUCCUAGAACUCUUCCCCGACGUUUUUGAUCCCCACUCUCAGCCCCUGGACGCCCCUGUUACUACUGUGUCUAAGUGA